CAUCCUUGGUAGACCCUCUGAACCUCUUUGCUGACUCUAACCGGAAUAGGAGGCCCUAACCUAGCGCCGCUAGUCCAGCGACGUUGGGGCUGAAACUUAGUCCAAACUUCAAGCUUCUCCAGCUCUUCCCCACCCCAUCUCUCAGCAUCUCCUCUACUAAAGACUGGACCAAGGCGCCCAUCAUGUCGGCCCCAGACACAUCCCCCUACUCCCCCAUCCCCCUGAUCUCUAAUGCCACCUUCCACCGCCGCAUCACCCUCCCAACCCCGCACGGCCCCCAAAUCCUCACCUACGCCCUAAUAGGCAGCAAUGAUGCGGCCCCCACCCGCAGCCGCACCCUUCUCUUCCUGCCUGGAAUGUUCGCAUCCCGUUAUCUGGGAAUCCCACUACAUAUCCUCGCGGAGCGCGCGGGCGUGCGUAUCCUCGUCGUCGACCGUUUCGGUAUGGGCGGGUCAGGCGAUGUCCCCUUGUCCAGGCGGAUUAGCACGUGGUGUGAUGUGAUCCCGCGGCUACUUGAGCAUCUGGGUAUCGAGUCGGUUGGUCUUGUCGCGCAUAGCGCGGGGACGAUUUAUACGUUGAACAUGCUGGUGGAUGAGGGGUGUAGACGGUUUAUUCAAGGGCUUGUUGUUUUUCUGGCACCCUGGGUUGACCCAACCCACUCCCACGUAACCUCCAUGCAACUGGCGCAAUACAUCCCACAGCCCGCCUUCAAGCUCUGGCACCACAUCCCGCGCUUCUUCGUCACGCAAGCGACGCCCGUGCUUGCGUCUAGUGGCGCGGCAAUGCGCAAGAUAUCCGCUCCAUCUAGUGGCCUCAUCUCGUCUAGCCGAUCGCAGGAAGAGGCCGAGCGCACCUUCCUCGAGGCGAACUACCGGCGUGUCGAGAGGGAAUAUGGUGUCCCGGUCAAGGAUCAAGAGGAACUUGUGCAGCUUGCUGUGAAUUACAUGUUUGCUGAGAAUACGGUGGGCGCGAAUAGUGAGGCGUUGCAGUGUUUGAGGAAGGGGGAGGGGAGAGAGUGGGGGGCUGUGGAUGAUUAUGCGGGGUGUAUCAAGGGGCUUGUAGAGAGGGAACGGGAGCGAGGACGACAGGAGGGUAGGCAAGAUGAACGGGGCCUUCGAGUGCGGGUCUAUCAUGCGGCGACGGAUGCCAUGGUAGGGAGGAAGGGGCAGGAGUACUUUGAGGGCUGUUGGAGGGGUGCUGGGGAGGGUGUGGAAUUUGAUGCGAGGCGCGUCGAGGGGACGGAUCACGAUACUGUAUCGCAGGCUGCGGAGGUUUGGGAGGAGAUAUUUGCGCUGUUUCGUUGAUUUCCUAGAUCAGCAAGGGGGCCUCUACGAUAUCCCUUCUCUUUACGCCGACCAUAUCUCCAGGAUGCUUGCGUUCAUUUUCAGGUUUCCUUGAGUACUAUACCAUCGUAGAAGUAGGCUUCUGGUGUAAUAACAGCCUUCUUUGAAAACAAUUUGCCCAUCCGCGCUGGUCUCUGUAUUAGCUUGAUCAGUAACGAUGUUAAUCGCCCUCGACGAG